GCCGGCGCCAGCGGGGAGCGGAGUGAAGCGGAGCGGAGCGAGCAGAGCCCGGGCCGGCCCCGCCCCGCGGCCGCCGCCUCCUCGCGGAUCCCCGCGGAGCCCGGGUCGGUACCGGCCCGGCGGGGGAGGCUGGAGGAUGGCACACUCUCUGUAUGAGUGGCUCUGGCACCAUGAGUUCUGGCUCCCCCCAGGAAUCACUUGGGAGGACAUGCAAGAGUCUGAAGAUGUCCAUUACCCACAGCCUCGUGAUGUCCUGCUCAGUAUCCCUUUUGCUUUAAUCUUGGUUGUCAUUCGCCGUGUCUUUGAAAGAGCCAUAGCCCUGCCCCUCAGUAGCAAACUGGGUGUGAGAGACAAGCAGAGACCAAAAGCUCAGCCUAACCCUGUGUUGGAAGCGUUCUACAGUACACGCUGCAAGAACCCUGGCGAGGGCCAGCUGCUCGGUUUGGCCAAGCAGUGCGACCUGCCACUGAGGAAGGUGGAGAGGUGGUUCCGGCGCCGGAGGAACGCGGACAGACCCAGCCUGUCCAAGAAGUUCUGUGAGGCCUGCUGGAGGUUUACAUUUUACAUCAGCUCUUUCAUCACUGGACUCGCUGUCCUGUACGAUAAGCCUUGGCUUUGGGACCAUAGAGAAUGCUGGACAGGAUAUCCACAACAGCCCCUCCAGUCCUCCCUGUUCUGGUACUACAUGCUGGAGCUCUCCUUCUACUGGUCACUGGUCUUCACCCUGCCCUUUGAUGUGAAGAGGAAGGAUUUCAAGGAGCAGAUAGUCCAUCAUGCUGCAACCAUCUUCCUGAUCAGCUUCUCAUACUGUGCCAAUUACAUCCGCAUUGGGACCCUGGUGAUGAUCAUUCAUGAUGCUUCUGAUUGCUUCCUAGAGCCAACUAAGAUAUUCAAUUACAUGAAGUGGAAAAAAACUUGUGACAGCCUCUUUAUGAUCUUCUCAGCUGUUUUCCUCAUCAGCCGCCUGGUCGUUUACCCCUACACAGUGCUCUAUAAUACCUACUAUUACUCUAUGGAGAUAUUCCAGCCCUUCUUCGGAUACUACUUUGUGAACGUUCUCCUGGUAAUUCUGCAGCUGCUCCACAUCUUCUGGUCCUGCCUAAUUAUUCACAUGGUCUACAUGUUCAUCCUCAGAGGCACGAUGGAAAAGGACAUGAGAAGCGACACAGAAGAAAGUGACAAGGAUGAAGAAAAAGAAAAGGUUAUGGAAAAGGAACAAAACGGGAUCACAUAUUUCAGCAACGUCACAAGCAACAGUUACAUCCAGAGGAAUGGCUCUGAGCCACUGAACAGCAGAACCCAUCUCACCAAUGGCCAUGUCAAGGAAAGAUAGCUACUGCGCCCAUGCUUCGGAUCUGGUCUGGCUUUACCCCAGUUCAGUGUCUUUAGAAACAGUUUUGCUUAUUGUAUAAAUAAAUUGGAGUGCAAUUGCAGUAUCAUAGCUGAAUUCCUGCUUCCUGCAAACAGACGUGUUUAAGGUCAGUGAUAGCUGAAGGAAGUUUUUGGUCUUUCUUCAAUACAAGCUUACUGUAGCUGGUAGCCUUGAAGCAGAUAGAAAGGGAUCAAAGCGGUUUGCCUUGGGUUAGGCUGUGCCACAGUUGUUGUUAAAUGUGUUAAUCUUGAAAAAUGCUUUAUAAAACCAACAAAAAAGAGGUGGAUAAACUCUGACAACGUCAAGUUUUAACCCCAUAAUGCUGUUUAAAAGGAUUCUGCUUAGCCUUUACCAGCCCCUGGAGGCCCUGUCCCAUUGCCACUAAUGGUUACGGCUAACGUGUGUGAGACUCCAAAUCUGAAUGUGGGGAAACCUUUGAGAAGACAGGUGCCCAUACACAGAAGAUAAAAACCGAGCAUAGUGAAAUGGAAGCUUUGGAAACACACAGGAGAAUACGUUUGCUUCCCAAAGGAAAUGCUGCUGUGUGCCCUGUGACCAGUUUUGUAGUGUUAUGGGUCUCAGUCCCUUCUGUUAUCAGCAUUAUUGCCACAAAAGUGGGAACUCCAAAGGCCAGAUUGAGAGAGUGCCCACCCAAAUCAUAGCUGGAAGAGCUGGAAAAUCCAGAGAACUGUGUCUCAACUGUCAGGUAAUCCUUUAAACGUGCCUUGGAGGUAAAGGCAGCAGCAGGAGGGAGGUGACAAGAAACGAGGUAAUCUAGCAGUCCACACUGAUUUAAGUGCUCAUGCUCUCACCUAGUGUGACUGGCACAGCAGGAAAUGUUUAGAGUCAGCUUGUGGCAAGAAGGGAAUACAUUUCCCCUAUCCUCAGAGGAAAAAGGAUCCAGAGAAGGUCUGCUGAACCUUAUGGAAUAGUGCUUUAAUGUGGCCUUCUAACUCUAGGGCCUUAGCCUAGAUGUAUCGAGAAAAGCAAGUUUAAAGCAGUAGUCCAUGAAGUCAUGAUGCAGUUCUGAUUCAGUUUGUUUAGAUGUCUUAGAUCUUACAUCCUGGGUAGUCUUAGACUUCAAAUUCUGUAAUACCUUAAAAGAGUUAAAUUCGUAUGACAUGAAUUUCUGGUUUAUAGAUCAAUUACUCUAUGAAACCAAAGUAUUUACAGAUUCAUUGCAACGAGUGCAGGGACUUUGACUGCCAAGGCCAUGCUGAUGCUUUCCUGUAUGUGUCCAGUAAGAACCAGUGCUCACUGGGGAAGGACAUGCACCAAGGAAACACAUCACUUGAGAAGCAUGUGUUUAAAAGGCAAGUGACAGCAUAGAAGAGGGUUUUCAGCAACCCACUUGGUUCACCUGAGAUGUGGCUGAGAGAGCUUUGAUCUGAGCUUGUAUGUGCUCAUCUUGGGUUUCACUUAAAAUCACUUCACAGGGGGAAAAGUGGUUCCAGCAUGGGGGAUUCCAGGGCAGUAACGUGCUCUGGGAGGAGAGCAUCUGUUCCUGCAUCAUCCUUUGCAUUCAUAUUUGCUGAAGAUAGUUUGUCUCUGAAGCCUUGAGCUAAUCUGACAUUUAAAGCACAUGUUCUGUAUCCUGUCAUGUUCCUUUAAUCUGAAUCUGCAGCCUUGCCACUCCUCUGCAGGUGAUGUGUGCGGGAGGGGUGGUUGUGGAUCAUUUUGUACUACUGAUUGUAAGCAGUCUUUAUAAAUGACUUUUGAAAGGUU